AUGCCUAUCGCAAGGGUCAUCCAGUCAGCUAAGCCGACCCGACGAGCUCACCCUCAGUCCGUUCACCACGUGCGGCAAAUGGCAAAGCUUUCGACGGCCGCCAAGUCCGGCGAACUCUCGCCGUCUACGAGUCAGACUGCACUAACGAUGAGCACGCGCCCCGGAUCACUAGCGGCUGUCAACGUAUUGACACCCCCAAGUGUGCGGCCUCAUACGGCAGGCGCCUUCAAGGCCCGAAAGGUGGAGCCCACGCGCUUCCGCUACUUCUAUGACCGAGGAGAUCUCCCUGUGCGCGUGAACUUCGCCGGAGCUGUACGGAAGCUGCAGUGGCAGGUCGAUCUGUCGCUCUUGGAUUUCGCGCACUACCUGCCAGUGUUCAUGGAAGGACUGCGCGAGCUGGAGGAGCCGUAUCACUUCUUGGCGCUUAACGGUACUCUGGACAUGCUGGAGAAGGGCGGGAGUCGAGUGCUGCCGUGCCUACCGCAGUUGAUUCCGCCCAUCAAGGCGAACCUUAUGACACGCAACCAAACCGUGCUGUGUCUGCAGAUGAAGGUGUUGCAGCGACUCGUGCUCUGCUGUCCGUACACGGGCGAGGCGCUUGUGCCGUACUAUCGGCAGUUGCUGUCGAUCUUCAACAUCUUCAUCACCAAGCGAGUAAACUGCGGCGACUCCAUCGACUACGGUCAGCGACGGCAGGAGAACGUGGGCGACCUCAUCCUCGAAACGCUCAACAUCCUCGAGAAGCACGGAGGCCCCGAUGCCUUCGUCAACAUGAAGUACAUGAUCCCAACCUACGAGAGCUGCAUGACGGGGCGGAGAUAG